CGGAUGUACUUCCGAAGUACUUCCGUUUUGCAUCAUUUCACAGCAGAUAUUCAGCUGGCCCUUUUUUUUUUUUUACUGAAAUUUGGUUUUAUUUCCGUCAACCAUGCCGGGUCCAUACAAAGAAACAGACCUGACGGAGAGGGUCGAAGCUUUUCUAUCCGACUUGAAGCGGGGAGGCAGCGGGACCGGACCUCUGAGGGGUUCGGCUGAGACCGCCCGAGAAACGACCGCGUUACUCCGCAGGAUCACAGCCCAGGCUCGGUGGAGCAGCGCAGGCGACCUGAUGGAGAUCAUCCGGAAAGAGGGCAGGAGAAUGACUGCAGCUCAGCCUUCAGAGACCACUGUGGGCAACAUGAUCAGAAGGGUGCUGAAGAUCAUCAGGGAGGAGUACGCUAGGUCUCGCGGUAGCAGUGAAGAGGCGGACCAGCAGGAGUCUCUCCACAAGCUGCUGACCUCUGGAGGACUCGGUGAGGAGAACUUCAGGCAGCAUUUUGCUUCCCUCAAAGCCAACGUCAUCGAGGCCAUAAAUGAGUUGCUGACGGAGCUGGAGGGAACGACUGACAACAUCGCCAUGCAGGCCCUGGAGCACAUCCACUCCAACGAGGUCAUCAUGACAAUCGGGCGCUCUCGCACAGUGGAGGCCUUCCUGAAAGAUGCUGCACGCAAACGCAAGUUUCACGUCAUCGUGGCAGAGUGCGCUCCCUUCUGCCAGGGACAUGAAAUGGCCACCGGCCUAUCAAAAGCUGGCAUAGAAACAACUGUGAUUGCAGACGCUGCUAUAUUUGCGGUCAUGUCUCGGGUUAAUAAGGUCAUCAUCGGUACUCAGACAGUUCUAGCCAACGGAGGCUUGAGGGCCGUCAACGGAACGCACACUCUCGCCCUCGCAGCCAAACAUCACUCCACACCGCUCAUCGUUUGUGCUCCCAUGUUCAAGCUCUCGCCUCAGUUUCCAAACGAGGAGGAAACCUUUCAUAAGUUUGUCUCUCCGCACGAAGUACUCCCUUUCACUGAAGGUGAAAUCCUCUCUAAAGUCAACGUGCACUGCCCCGUGUUUGACUACGUCCCCCCCGAGCUCAUCACGCUGUUCAUCUCCAACAUCGGAGGACACGCACCGUCGUACAUUUAUCGACUGAUGAGCGAACUUUACCACCCAGAAGACCACGAGCUUUAAUCUUUGAAACUAAAAAACACAUUUAAGUGCUGAUGCAGUGUUUUGUUUGCUACAAAACAAGAGUUCCAACGAGGGGUGUGGAAAAUAUUGAGAAAUGUUUUAUUUUAUGAAAAAAAUGGAUUGACAAAAAUCAAACUGUACAGUCUUAAAGGGACUAAACAAAUAAACUCAGUGCUUGAUUAGUAAAAAAUCUUCUAAAUACAAGAUGAAAGUGAGAACACAAACAAAAGCCCUGCUGCAUUAAAGAU